UUAAAAUAAAAUGUUUAUGAAAACAAAUUUCAAAAUAACAGAAUCUUAAUUCAUUAUUUUGUAAACAAAAUUUAAAAUUUUAAUUUCGAAAAAUAAUUGAAAAUGGCAGUUUCAGAGAAUGGAGACUUUAACGAAAACAUUGAGGAGGGCAAGCGAGAAAUGCAUAGUAAUGAAAUUGUUUCUGUAGAUCAAUGCGAAAGUAAUGUAACAGAAGAGGAAUUAUUUUACAAAAAGCCGCAGCAAUAUUGGUCCAAAAUUCCAGCAACUGUUGAUGGAAUGCUUGGUGGAUUUGCGGAUAUUCAUAAUCUUGAUAUUAUUGGCUCACAAAAGUUUUUAAAAGAACUGUUUUUGAAUACUAGUAGUAAAACUCAAGUAGCCUUAGAUUGUGGAGCUGGUAUUGGAAGAGUUUCCAAAUAUUUAUUGAUUCCCUUUUUUGAACAGGUGGAUUUAGUGGAACAAGAUCUUAAUUUCUGUGAAAAAGCACCUGAAUAUAUUGGAGAUUCAAGUGGGAAAUUAGGGAAAGUUCAUAAUUGCGGAUUACAGAAUUUUUUGCCAGAACCAGCUAAAUAUGACGUUGUAUGGUCUCAAUGGGUUUUAGGUCAUCUGUCAGAUGACGAUUUACUUUUAUUCUUGCAAAGAAUUCGUGUCGGACUGAAAAAAGGUGGGAUGGUUGUGAUAAAGGAAAAUGUGACAUCAUCAAAUAAAUUAGAAAUAGAUACUGAAGAUUCGUCCGUAACGAGGCCUCUAAAAACCUACAACAAAAUACUGAAAGCAACAAAAUAUAAGAUCAUAAAAGCUGUUAAACAAACAAAUUUUCCUAAAGGGUUGUAUCCAGUGUAUAUGAUAGCAGCAGUACCAAUUUAAUUAUGAGUUUAUGAUACACUGAAUUUUUGUGUUAAAAGCGCCUAAUUAUGUAAUAAAAAAUGUUCAUUUAUAUUUAUUAAAAUAAAUAGUUUUUAUUCGAAGUGCUUCGAUAAAUAGUUUUGUAUAAUAUAAAAA